UUUUUUACCGCAACCGUGUGUGUAAAACCUUGUUAUUAUAUAUAGGGAGAGGCUUUAGAGAUCUAUAAGCACUCAUAAGGUUCAUAAUUAGCAAGCAAGAGUAAGAAGCAUAGUUAAGAGAGAAAGAAGGGUGAUCAUGGUGGGAAGUGGAGGAGACAAGUACAGAUCCUUCUUGGCCGACAAGGAGGGCCACGAGACUCAAUGGAGACACGGCGGCCCUCCUCAGUACGACCUCGUCAACAAGCUCUUUGAACAGGAGCGAACUAAGGUGUGGGGAGAAGGAUCCCUCGAGGAAGUAGUGCAGAACGCGGUGAAGUCGUGGGAGAUGGAGUUCUCGCAUAAGACCCGUCUGGGAGACUUCAAGACCAUCGAUCCUCAGAAAUUUAAGCUCCUUGUUAACGGCAAGAAGGGGAUCUCAGCAGAAGAAACGCUGAAGAUAGGGAGCUACAAUGCUCUGCUCAAGAACAGCAACCUGGGGAAGGAACUCCAACUCUACAGAGCAGAGGAAGAGAGCUUCGAGUCGUCCCACGAGGCCUUUGCGUCGGCUUUCCCUCGAGGUUUUGCGUGGGAGGUGAUCUCUGUCUUCUCUGGACCUCCUGUGAUCGUCUUCAAGUUCAGGCACUGGGGCCAUUUCGAAGGAACAUUCAAGGGCCACUCUCCCACUGGAGAGGCCGUCGAGUUGUUCGGGUUGGGAGUUCUCAAGGUAGUGGACGAGAAUUUGAAGGUGGAAGAAGUGGAGGUUUACUAUGAUCCAGCUGACUUAAUUGGAGGUCUAUUCAAAGGGGAAAGCUUGUCCUCAGAUGCUCAAACUUCACAAGUUUCGGGACCAUCUCAGGGAUCGUGUCCUUUUUCUAUGUGAUUUUACAAAGUUUGCAUAUGGUUGGUUUGUAACUUGGACACAAAAGUGCCGGUUUGAUGAUUGUACUUUCCGUGUUUAGUCAAUUGGGUCACAAACUGUUUUAAGUGGAAUAAUUGUAAGUCCUCCAACCUCUACAAAUAUGAUGAAGGAUGCGCAUUAAGUGUGUAGAUUUCACACAAUUUGGCCGAUGGAGUUGUUCACUGUUUAUGUGAUCCUUAUAUCGAGUUCUUGAAUUUAUGAAUGCAGCUAAAUAGUGAUGGAAAUUUCUGAUCUAA